AUGCUUUGUGGUAGAUUGUCGACAGUCCUUCCUAAUCUCAUUAACCAAAACCAAGGAGCGUUUGUGCAAAAGAGAUUAUUGGCGCAUAAUAUUAUGAUUCUUCAGGAUAUUAUCAAAGGUUAUAAUAGGAAAAACAUCUCUCCUAGAUGUGUUCUGAAAAUUGACCUAUGUAAAGCUUAUGACAUGCUUGAUUGGAACUUUUUAGAAGCCAUUCUUUCUGCCUUCUGCUUUCCACAUAAGUUCAUUACUUGGGUUAUGACUUGCUUAAGGGACCCUUCUUAUUUGAUAUUACUGAAUGGUAGGAUUCAAGGGGGUUUUAAAGGUAAAAAGGGGUUGAGACAAGGAGACCAUAUCUCUCCAUUAUUGUUUGUCCUUGUGAUGGAGUACUUCACUAGACUUCUCAAACAAGCUUCCCUUAAUAAAAAUUUCCGGUUUCACCCAAAGUGUAAAAAUCUGAAGCUUGUUAAUCUUUGUUUCGCGGAUGAUCUUAUUAUCUUUUGCAAGGGUGUUUAUAAAUCAGUGCAGGUUAUUAAGGAUUGCUUCAACGAGUUUAGCCUGACUUCGGGCUUAUCAGCCAACAAGGAGAAGACUCAGGUGUAUUUCGGGGGCCUGGCUGACAGUGAGGUUAAGUUGAUUCUUCAGAAAAUUCAGUUUAAUGAAGGGCACUUUCCUCUCAAAUAUUUGGGAGUGCCUCUUCGCUCCACCAAAUGGAAGGCGGGAGAUUGGGGUUCUUGGAACAAAGUUCUUCUUGCUAAAUUUGUUUGGGCUGUGUCUUCUAAGCAAGAUAUCUUGUGGGUGAAAUGGAUUGACUCCAUUUACCUUAAGGGGCAGGAUUUUUGGAACCAUAAAGUCCAACAAGAUGCGAGUUGGUAUUGGAAGAAAAUAGCUAAUUUGAGGGUUAUUUUUUCUUCUCAAAUCCUGGUUGAAGCUGUCAAACAUAACAAGCUUAAUAUGAGAGUUCUCUAUAACAGGUUGCUGAAUAUUAGCAAAGUUUAUUUUGCUAAUGUGGUUUGGUGUUCCCUAGCUGUGUCUAAACAUAGGUUUAUCUUUUGGCAAGCGGCUCUUGGUCACCUUCUUACUCGCGACAAACUUCAGCAGUGCCAUUUGCUAAUUCCAUCUGAUCUGUGUCCGGUUUGUGAAGAAGCUCAGGAGUCUCACUCUCAUCUCUUUUUUGCUUGUUCGUUCUCUCAGCAAGUGCAAUCCAGAAUGGAGAGUUGGCUGGGUAGGGACUCUUGGCCGAGAAGGUAUGAAGACUGGCACACUUGGAUGUUGGAUAAGCCGAAGGGACUGAUGCAAAAAGUUUCUGCUGCUUCUUUGGCUGCGGCUGUGUAUUUGAUUUGGAGAAACAGGAAUAAAUGUGUUAAUGAUUUAAAUUCUUGGUCUGUUGAUUUUGUCUUGCAGCAGAUUCGUUAUUCUGUGAAAGCUAGACUUACUAGGCAUCCUAAGCUAAAGCUUACUCAUAGGGAUGCUUUUGUUUUUAAUUACCUGAUGUAUAUGUAA